UGAUUGUUUUACUGAUUGAUUGAUUCUCCUUUUUGAUUUUCAUUGGCAGCAGCAUUCCAAAGUCUGCAAACAAAAAGAACAAGGAGUUGUAGUUUAUUGUGUAAAGAAUCAGUUAAUCGUAUGAAUUGGGACACAACUAAUGUCUGUAAUUUCUGCCCUGUGCCUGAUUUUUUUGUUUUUUUGUGACAGCACUGGAUUAAAUUUGUGCUCGGCACAAAGGGCAGCGCCCUCAUCCGGGAUAUUUUGGCUUCAAUUUUUGUACAGUGGGAGGAAGUGGCGACGCCUCAUCUAUUUGAUGGGAUCGGGAUAUCAUGUUGAUUGGCCUAUGCAGAGCAGCGAAAAAAGAAAAGAGAAAAAGAUAUGCGACAUCCAAUAGAAUCCCCUCAGCCAACACGCUCCUCCUCCUCCUCCGUGUGGCACGGAUCACCCGUCAUACCGGAGCAUCGCCGUGCACGCGCCGCCUCGACAGCGGACGCGCUGGAGACAUUUCUGUGGACUUUCACAUGAUGCUGUCGCGUGUCGCGGUUUGUCUCCCGCCACCUGUCCCCGGCCCCUCCUCCUCCUCCUCCUCCUCCUCCUCCCGGCGGCCUGUCGCAUCGGACUGACUGAGGCUGGAUGUCCGGAGUGUGACAGCAGCGGAUCCGUGCCCGCCCGCCGGAACUGGUGCAGGCGGUGAAGGCGCUUCUGGAAAAUCCUCCGCCUGUGACCGAGUGAGAGUCCACUGGAUCACUUUCCGGAUGUAGGACGAGUGGAAGUGGAGAAACGAGCGCACCUGCCACAGACACACGGAGCUGAAUGUCCCAACAUUUAGAAUCCUUUAAUAUGUAUUUGGUCAUGAAUUAUUAAACUUGUGGAGUCAUUCACUUGAAGCUGCACAUUUUUUCACCCAGUGGACCUGAGAAACCGAGGAAGAGUCGGUGCACUUUCUAACAAUGAAGAGGCUGUUUCUGAAACUACAACAGGGUCAAAUGUCGAGCAUCCUUCUCGAAGCCCACCCCGAUUCCUCAAUGGGUUCCCGCAGCCAAGGCUUCUUCCACAACCACCAUCACCACCGUAGCUCCAUGGUUCCCGCCGCGGUGCCGAGGCUCCUGUCCGAGAACGGCAGCCUGCUGGGGGGCAUCGCACAAAUCACCCCCAACCUCUUCCUCAGCCGGGGGAAUGUGGCAUCGAACCGCAGCCUGCUGCUGUCCAAAGGCAUCACCUGUGUGGUCAACGCCACCAUCGAGCUCCCAAACUUCAACUGGCCUCACAUGGAGUAUGUAAAGGUCCCGCUGGCGGAUAUGCCCCACUCCCCUAUCUCCCUGUAUUUCGACAGCAUCGCUGACAAGAUCCACAGCGUGGGGCGCAAGCGAGGCGCGGUGCUGGUGCACUGUGCAGCGGGCGUGAGCCGCUCGGCCUCCCUGUGCCUGGCGUACCUCAUGAAAUAUCACCGCGUGUCUCUGGCAGAGGCCCACGCCUGGGUCAAAGCCCGCCGCCCUGUCAUCAGGCCCAACGGCGGCUUCUGGCGCCAGCUCAUCGAGUACGAGAGGAAGCUGUUUGGAAGGAACUCUGUCAAGAUGGUGCAGACGCCCUACGGGGUCAUACCCGAUGUCUAUGAGAGGGACCGCAGGAGCCUGGCUCCAUACUGGGGCCUGUGAGAGGCGCUGUGCCAACCGUCCUCCUCCGAGGGGCUGCCCCACUUGGACUGUAGGGUCACGCCUGUUCUGGACAGGUGCAGUGACAUGUGCUUGUAGAUCUGUGUGAAGCUUAUUUAAUGAAUUACUGGUGCACUUGGACAGAGGGAGUAAAACCAAACACUGGUUGCUGUUGUUGCUGUUGUUGUUGUUGAUGGUGCUGCUGCGGCUGCUCAUCAGACCAGUCGCCUCCAUUUUGUCAUUUCGAGUGGGAGCAAGACCACCCAGAAUCCUUUGGACCAAAGGAUUGAUUGGGACCACUGUUAAUAUCGGACACCAAAACGAGAUGAAAGUGUGGAAAUCGGUGCUCGUCUCUCCUGGUCUCUCUUUCCCAGUUCCAGUGGCGGACGGGCGCUCUGUGGAGGUGUCAGCCGCGCUCGAGACUCUGACAAGUGAUGUGACUCGAGUCCUUUUCCCGAUGUGCUGUCAUGUGGUGGUGUUGUGUCAGUUUAAUCUUCGGUGUAAGGGCAGCAGCGUGAUCUGACUUCAUGGUAGCAUUCAAGAUAAGUGUACAGAAAAAAAACAACCUAUCUAUAGACAAAUUAUUUAAUUGGAAUGUACCGAUAGUGAGGUAAAUCUGUUCCAGCGCACUUUAGUUUAACAGUUAAAGAAGAUAUUAUAUCGACCUUUUUGAAGGUGAAAAUAUAAAAGACGUAGGCUUAAAUCAAGGUUUAGGGAAAAGCUUCCUGUGUACCACAGGGUUGACUGUUCCAUCCCGUGACCACACUAUGUUAUUUUAGUGCUAUUUGAUGCUGUAUUGAAACGAUAAAUUAAACAAAAUGCCGCCUCAAGGGAACUGGUAGCUCUACGAUAGUUUCUUGGGAGAAUAUUUUCUAUCCAACUGUUUUUGCUUUGUGUCCAUAAGGUAGAAGAAGGAUCUUUAGUGGUUUAGUGCUUUUCUGAAGAGCGAUGUCGCACAGUCCAGAGAGUCCUACUCCUGCUGUGGUGUAGGGUUGGAAUUUUCCCUGCACGUGUCGUCCCUGCUCUGAAAGUACAGUUUAGAACUAGAUGUAGUUAGCAGGGGUGAGAUACCGCCGUAAAUCGCAAUACACAAUCCAAUGUAUGGAUUCCCGCUCAAUACAAAUUAUUUUCUAAUCUACAUUUAAAGUUGCCCUCUGGAGUUUUCUUGUAAUCAAAUUAUUUGAAGAUUCUCAGAUAAACCAAUAAUUUCCGAAGUGGAUAAAGAUGAUUUUUGGGCCCAAAAUGUUUCCUAUUUUGGAAUUCAGCCUGUGUUACUUCCUCUUACGUCGUCUCCCCUGCCUUUCCUGGCGCGUGGUUGCGUUUCUUGUCACAUCCUCGCCCCCUGUAGGUCAGUGUGAAACCUUGGGCAGGGUUGUGUAUCGUGUCGCCUGUGCAUCCUCGUACAUUUUGUUCAUAGUAGUAGACCUGCGUUCUACUCUAUUCUAUUCUGAACACCAGCAAAAUACUGAUGUGUCAUUGCAGGUUGAUGCUUGUCUGCAAUUUUAUUACGUGUGUAGCCAGUCGAGUGUUGUGCAGUGUGUGUAAACCUCACAAGAGACGGUGCAGUGACGCCCUGCAGCUUUACACAUGGCGUUAAUAUUUACGCAGGUUGUAGUGGUACAGUACGCUCUGUGUGUGGUACGGGAGCCAAAUUACACACAUCCGAUUCUUUACAUUGUCCGACAAACAGUCCAAAAGAUUUCAAGUGACUAACAGUGAUAAGAAAGAGGAAAAUUCUUAGUCUUACUUUUUGAAGAGCUCGAGCCAGAUACAGAUUAUUAUCAACAUUCUCGAUUAAUGUUCUCUACUUCAACUAAUCUCAAGCGGUCGUUUCAGCAGUAGAUGUAUCAGAUGACUCUGUCCUGUGUUAUGAUGUUAGCUUUGUGUUGUGAUUGACCAUCUUGACCUUUGUCCCCCCCUACAUGACAGUGCAGUGUGUGGUCGGACGUCUGACAGACCACACGCUGCAGUGGUGCAGACUGUGCAGCAGAGUUGACGUUGUCAACGAUGGAGAUCAGCGAAUCAAGGCUUUUCUGCCAUAAUAGAUUAAGUGUGAUAUUAUCAAUAAUAAUAAAAAGGAGAAAAUGAUUCAGGGGUAAAUGAUUUUAGGAGGAGAUAUUUUUCUUCUUAGGGCAAUCUGUAAUCUGGCAUUUUAAACUGCUCCAUGCCCCAAGACAAUGAUAUUAAAAUUUGAAAAAAAUGA